AGCUAUUUUACCUUAUUGUACCCACUUCUAAACUUAAAAUUAUUGUCUGAUAUACACGUGUGUGUGUGUUUCCAGCUACUGAUGUGGACAAACGCUUUAUUUUCUAGAGAUGCGAAUUCCGGCUCUGUGAGUCAGUUCAAUGAGUCAAAUAAUUUGAUUCAGUUUUACGCUGAGAGUCGAAUUUUCAGGUCCCAAUUAGUCUGUUGCCAUUUUCCUUGUAAACCGGACAGAAUUUGCCAUAAUUUGGUAAAUUCUUUCUAUAGCAGAUGGGAGUAUAUGGGAUAGUUCUAAUUAAUAUAAAAUGCAGGAGUGAAAAAAGGAUGAAAAACACAAAAUGACUCAUCUAUGUGAGUCUUAAAAUUCAAAAGAUCCGGUUCAAAGAGCCGACUCGUUCAGGGUCGAUACCUCGUUCCCAUUUAACACACACCUGCAGUCCAGGUGUGUUUCUUAUUUAGGAAGACAGAAUGGGAUGCAACCCCAGCUCACACACCACUGCAGAGGACACGUCCCCUAUGCACCCAGACUGCAAUGGGGCAACUGCUGUAGAAAAGACAGAGAAUGAUCGAGAUAUUGAAUGUAGCACAGAAGCAGCAGCUGAGAGCUCUGAGGCUUCAGCGGCUGAAUACAACACACUAAAUGCUGUUACUGAGCCGACUCCAGCAGAAGACCAAAACACUGGAGCUGCAGAAGCAGGCCAGUCUGAGUAAACAGGACCAGAGGAAGCACCGGGACAGUAAGAUUUCAUCUGGCAAAUCAACUGAAUUAUUUAUUUUCCUCUCUCCAUUGUUACCUGUCAUCUUUCUCAUUCAGCGAAGAACACUGAGGCUCACCGACCACAAAAAAACCUGGAAAAUGCCUCUCACUUUAAAUUAGCAAACUGAAAUAUUGUAGCUGUAUAUAUUGGUGGUGUGAUACGAAGUGGAGUUACUGUUACUAUCCUAACAACAUAUCACAGUGUUUUAUUGCAUUUAUACAACGUUGUGGUCACUAUUAUAACAAUCAUACCAUGCUAUAUAUAGUUAUUCCUUUACCCGCAUCUUUUCUUCUCUCUUAUUUAAAAGAAAAAAAUCACAGCUUUCCAUGUUACCAAUAAACUACAAAGUUCUCUGUCCCAAAGAGAUAGUGGAGACUGGAGACUCCUUACAACAUGCUUAAUAAAUUAUUUUUAAAUGGAAA